AUGAGUUGGUUUGUUCUUCUUUUGAUAUCUGGAGUGGACUUAGGCGCAGUCUUUUUCAAUGUCCGACUGCUAAGAAUCUGCUUCAAAGACAAAUCGAAGUACGAGUUUCGUAAAAGAUGCAGAAUAUUGGCCCUUUGUCAAGGCGCUUGCCAAGUCAUAAUUCUUGUUGCAGAUUCUGUAGAAUGGUGGAAUGGUUUCACCAUUUUCCUUGGUGAAACAUGCAGCUUCUCCAGAGUCCUGUCUCAUUCUGCGAUUUUCUACCAAACUUGUAAUUUGACGGCGAUGAUGACUGGUUAUUUGGAACAUCCCGAGGGAAAUGAAAAGAAAGUGCCUUAUCCGAAAGUCCGAAUAUUUGCCGCGCUUUGUCUUGGAUUUGUCGGCUCCGCAAUGAUCUUGUGGCACAACUGUUUCUCUUAUGCGUUGAUUUCUAAGGUGAUGUUCGGGGUUGCCUUCUUUGUGACUGUAUCACUCGUCGUGUCUCUCCUUGCAGUAACUCUUACCAAAAACCUCGAAACCGACUCAACAGAGUCACAGUUGGCGACCGACACUUCUUCAUCAGCAUGGAGAUUCUGGAAGGAGAACAAGGUGCCCAUGUUUUUCACAAUGUUGUUACUAGCUUGUCUGGUGUUAAUCCUCAGCGGCGUACCCCACUCUGAAUCACUGCUGUAUAAAGAUUUGGAAGAAGUUGCAAUUUUUAAGGAGAUUAUGUUUUCAGUGAUCACCAAAUUUGCAGUCGGAAUCGUUAUACCGAUGACUUUGCAUGAUCUGAUAAAUUCGAGCUAUGUGGGCAAUAAACUUUAAACUGUAACUGCAUCUGUUUUAUAACGGGAAGAUAAGCUAUUAGCGAAAAAUAAACAACUUCAUAAAACAAGGCCACUUUCAAAGGAACAUAUGUCUUGUGACUCGUUUGGCUUGGCAACGGACGAAAGAACAAGGAAUACAGAAUAUGUGCGUAACAGAACGGAUCUGAGCCGCCUUGUUUGAAGGUUGGUUUAAAGUGGGCCUGUAUUUUGUACUUUAGCCACGAAAAAGUAGCUCACUAAAUGGAAAUUAGAAUUUGUUUUUGUUCAAUUGGACCGUAAAAUUGACAGUCAAAGGACUUUGCCGUUUAUGGUUUCCUCUGCAGAUCGAUCCACCAAAAAUAAGCGUAAAGUGACGAACGGUUUAGACGUAUCCAUUGUUUGAUCUUUAAGUAAAUGAUUUACUUUGCAAUAAACUCAAAAAAUAUUGUGUAGGAACCCGUCCCUAUAACUAACUUGAAAUUUAUUUAUUAAUCAUGGACAUCAUUAAGCAGCAACUUUUCAGAAGUUUUACACACAGCUUAUGUCUUGCCAGAUUUUUUUUUUUUUCAUCCUUUUAUUUAAGAUAGAUUUGUUUAUGAUCAGAUUUGUAGACAUUAAUAUUUGUUAUGUAAAUGCGCAAUUCAGUUCUGGAACUGCUAUGUAUUUAUGAAUUAGUAAACUUCAAAACUUUAAACUACAGAGGGCUAUGGCCAUUCUACACUCCAGUCGUCCCAACACAGGUCAUUAACUUUCAGCGCGAUUCCCAAAUUCAAGUCUAAUUUUCUUUUUCUAAAAGCACGCGAAUGAAUGACAAUAUUUUAAAGAGUGUAAACAAAAGCCUUACUCCUCAAUAUAUUGUACACGUGAUAAGCUAAAGUUCACUCCUGCCAUGGUGGUGUGAUCAUUGUAUCAUAUCCAAAUUGCAAGAAAGUUAAGGUUGGCUGAUAAUGCAAAAUAAUUGGUAAAAAAAAAUCUCCCAGAAAAAUCCGACACCAGUUAGAUGAAUGCAGGGAAAAUCAGCGUAAAUUUUAAAAGGAAAAAGCCCCCCUCCCCUCGAAGAAAAAUUCUGGCGUAGAUUCAAUGCCUUGAGCUUCUCUCGACAUGUGAUUUACAGUUUAAAGAGGCUUGAUCGAUAUUGCUUUGCAAAUAGCCCAAAACGUUUGCCAUAAAAAAUCUGUAAAAUGCAGGCAUUUGGCAAGUAUUUGAAUUGAUAGCCAAAUUGCCUUCCAUCGAUCCGUCCAUGAAAUAUUAUAAUCUUGGAGGUGUGGACAAGUGGUAACUAUGCGUAUUAUUUUUGAAACCGCUCAAGAGAAAUAAGAAUACUCUGCAUCAUUAAGUUUCACAGGAGACGAUCACAAAUACCUUAAAUUGCACUAAAGAGUACACGUCGUUUAUCUUAAGUUUGUUUGCAGCAAAUGGUAAUACAUCUUUCCUGACCUAACUCGAACUUAGCCUCGAACGACCAACAAAGUUUACCUGUAAUGAAAACUUCAAUCAAUUUUGGGAUGAUGGGAUAAUUUUCAAUACAUUUGUGCUUUAAUGACGAUUCAUCUCAAGAGAUAACAUUCACCUUACUUCCACAGCGUAUCACUUGUUAUCUGACCGCUUACUUUGAUGAAAAUAACCCAUUUUAGCGAGUUGUGCAUUUCGAGGUUUUCCACGUACAUAAGAGAAGCUGUUUAGGUGUCGUCGAUUCCGUGGCUAUAAUUUGUUUUACAUCACUCGCUUUCAAAUGGAUUGAAUCUACGUAUUGCUGCAAACGCUAAUCACUCGUAUUCAAACUUUACUAGAACAAACUUCCGUUCAUCGAAAAUUUAAUAAAUUUGACAUGACACAUUGUUGAACACGGUAACUGAAAAUAACAAAAUUACAAACACGCGAAUUAGCAUAAAACAACUUACAACGUAUGAGUGAAAGUACUGGAAAACGACCAAGCGAAAUAAACUUGAAGGACACUUACAAGACGAAUGUGACCAAACCAAAAGACGAAAAAAUGAAACCCAAAGCACAAUAUGUGCCGAUAUGUUACGCAAACUAGACAACUAUCCAAAUAAAUUACGCGCGAACGGAAUAUGUACAAUAUGCAAAUAAAUAUAACAAUUACAAAACUGGCAACUGACAAAGGACACUUAUGAAGACAAGAAACAAAACACUUAACACCAAACUAUGAAAAAACAACAAAAACAUAAUAAUACCAAUUCUUGCGCCUACAAUAUGUCCUCUGAUUCUACGUUCUUUGAAAUUUCUGUUACAUAUACCUCUAUAGUUUUUGCUUGCUCUAGUUUCUUUAACUUUGUUGUAAGUCUCUUGAUGCGGCUGUGGUGAAAUUUCACCAGCGCUCCAAUAGGGUCACGUUCUGCUUUCUUUCGGAUCGAGCUCAGGCUGAUAUCUGAUUGAAAAACCUUCAUCGAUCGCGAUGUUCGCCCUUGCGUUGUAACUUAGGAUUUUUGGGCAUGUGACCUUCUCAAGACGAGCUUUGAAGAAUCUGAUAGAGUUGUUUCUUAGAAGUGUCAGGGAUACAACGCACAUAAGAAGGCCUUUCUUAUGUACGUGGAAAACCUCGAAAGGGACAACUCACUAAAAGGGGUUCUUUUCAUCAAAGUAAGCGGUCAGAUAACAAGUGAUGCGCUGUGGAAGUAAGGUAAGCUAUUUUUAUUGAGAAUUUGAUGCAUUUUUCAAUUCGUUAAAGCGAUCGCAAAUAUUCCCAUACAAACUCUAAUAAUUCCGCCAUGACUGUUAUUGCCAAGAUGAUCAUCUCACAGAUGGAGCUCGGGCCGCCUGUGAUCCCAUAAGUAUUUUUGAAUUACAUUACCCUCAUUCACACUCUUUCCUAAAGCCUUACAAACUUCGCUCUUGUUUUUCAGAAAAAAAAUGCAGAAAACAGUGAAGAGCAAAGUUACUAUCCAGUUAGUAUAAAAACAGCACUGCCCAGAGACGUGAUAGAUACUCGAUGUAUCGGAGACUCGAAAUCAUACCAAUCCAUGCCAUUAAAUUUUCGAAAGUAAAACUGCAGUCUUGAUGACGAGCCUUCUUUGAUGGGAGAUAAAUAGAUUAUGAGUCAGUUAAAGAUUAUUGGUUUGGUUUGCAUGACCGAAAAGAUUAUAUCGUUGUCGUACAACGCGUUCCGUUCACGAAGGGCAACGUUGCAUGACGCCCAUGUACUAUUUGGUUUUCACAUGCUGACUGACAGAAGCACAAGCUCAGACACAAUCAAGAAGAAUAUCGCUAAAUUGGAAAUACAGUAUUUGCCUAUGCAUUCUUGCUAAAAAUAUCGCUGAUGGCUUUGAUAAAAAGUUGCACUGGUAAAAUUUCCGCACAGCCCCAUACUAUUUUUAAACAAAUCUGUUUUCCCAAUGGCAAUGUAUUGUUUUUGCCGUUGUUUUCUCUAUCCAAGAACUGAAUUCAUAAUGUGUUCGGAACUUUUACCGUUGCACUUGCCGACCACUGCCGCCGUGUGCGCUUUGAACAUACAUCUCUCAGAAAGUUCCUGCCAAAGAAAGUGCUAGCCCCGACAACAGGUAAACUCCUACAAUGUGGUUUUAUCAUCUGAGCUGAUCAUUGAAUAAGAAUAGCGUCUAUUGUGUUAAGCCUCGAUCUUCAAAGCCUCCCGACACAUGUAAGUGAGGCGGAGCAAAGUGGCCGGGUAUUCUGCAGUUUGGCCGCCAAAGGGUUUCUAAAGUUUACAUUUUGAGCGUUAACCCUUUGCCAGAGCAGGCAAGGAAAUAGGAAUAGGUAAACUUUUAUUUGUUGGUCAGAUUUUUGCUUUGAAUUAAUGAAGUGAACAGGACCAUCAAUAACACAAGUGCGCCAUUUUCACGACUGUAUCGGCAAAUUUAGGCUUUCGCUUACCAAAAACCUCAAUCAGAAUAACUCGUCAAAUUCCUUGGGGCGAGAGUGGUUUGUAGACUGGUUUUUUUCGUUAAUCAGGGCAGCAGCUUUUGUUUAGAACCGUGCAUCGUGCUUUUGCAUGGGAAAUUAUUUUGCUGAAUUGUUCUGAAAAAUUUCUAAAUCGCGUUUUUUAUCUCAUUUGAGUGCAGUUUUCGAACGGUCAAGUUAGGGAACUUUUAAGAAUAUUCGAUUUUAUUAGACACUUUUUACUGAGGUGAUGUGAAUUGUUUAGUUUCUAGAAUAAACUUCUCCUGUAACGGUUCGAAAUUUAAUCAGAGAGGGGAGAAAAAAAAAGAGCAAGAUAUCGUGCAGCCUCAAACUUCAGUUUAGACAAAGAAAACAAGAGAGUUGCCUUUGGGACUUCGGCUUUGUUUUAGAAUAUUGUUAGCUUUCCGAAAAUAGCGACAACUAUGAUUAACAGAUAAUUUAGUGUUUACAAUUGAGUUGAAAACGUAAAUUGAUUACCGUAAAGAGUUUAAGGUUAUUGUUUUCUUUGUCUAAGAUGACGUUUGGGGCUGCACGACAUCUUCCCCUUUUUCUCCUCUCUCUGAUUAAUUUUCUAGCCUUUAAACUCUCUACGGUGGUAAAUUUACCUUUUCAAAUGAGUUGUUAACACUAAAUUACCUGCUAUACUCUCCCAACGACGCAACACCAAAGUAUCUCUAGAAACUAACCCCCUUUAUUCAUUUGAUAACUAUGAUUAGCUUAACUGUUUAUUGAGUACCAUCAACUCUGGAGCCGAACCCAAAAUCGUUUGCGUCAAACAAAAAGGUCUGCCCUCAACCCUUUAACACCCAAGAUCUCACUAGUAAUUCUCUUUACUUUCUGACAUACAAUUCUUAUGACGUCAAUUUGAAGAAUUUGAUGGUAUUGGAUCAUUUAACAAUCCCUUCAUUGAUAUUUUACUUUAUUCUCAUUACUCCUCUGCUUGAUAUUGUAUUGAUAUUUUAAAAAGAAAAUUUCUCUCGGUGUUAAACGAUAAAAAUAGAAAUAUAUCUAAUCUAAAAAUAUUGUAAGGGUUUCCUAUAUUGGUGUUGGAAAACGAAUGGAAAUAAUGUAUUUGCAUAAGCCAUUCAGUAAACAUUGUAAUAGGCCAGUUGAUCAUUUCUUAUCCCUUUUGGCGGUCUUACCUUACAGGUAGAGUUUGGUUACCUUUUCCUUAUUACGAUCGUGAAUUUGACAUAGAGACAGAUGUUUUUGCGUAAACUGCGGUUUGCGGCUAGAUAUCGGUAUAUUUUCAUAAUGAUUAAUUACGAAGAAAAUGACUCUACCCUAUAAAAAUUGAUCCCGUAUAGGAAUUUCCUGGAAACAUCUCUCCUUUAUACUUUUAUCCAUCUAAUACUCUCGUUUUUAGACUAAAUCCAUGUCGAAUUCCCGAUCAGAAAAAUAGUUUUCAGUUUUUAAUUUAACACGUUUGACACCUCUUUUUCUUAGAGGUGACUUGAGCUGUAAACAUGUAGUACUUUUCAUCUUCCGCACUGAAUUUGUAAUUAGAUAACUUAUACGACUAGAGCGUAGAAAUUAGAAAGACAUUUCCUAAAGCGUCAACAUCACGAAGGUAUCUACUUAGUAUGCGAACUCCGUUCUGCGUGGCCCAACGUGAUUCGCUAUUUAAGUGUAAAAGUAUGACGAAGGCUAGAGAUUGACAGCUCCGUAAGUGUCACCUUUAUAAGCGGUGACCUCGACUUUCCUUGAGAGAUCAGAGCUAGUCCCUGUUAUAAUAACUAGUGCAGUAAUAAGGAAUAUAGAAAGAGACGACAAGACAACGAGUGUUAGAGUAAAUUUUUACUCUCAACAUUGGUCACUCAUGCGAGGUAAAGGGUUGAGACCAUGGUAGCUCACACUUUUCAUGAAGUGUCGUGAAUUUCAAAACCUCGCAACCUAUUUAUACGUUCGUUUUCGACAAAUCAGGAGCGCAAUAUAACCUAGCAUAAUGAUCAGGUAACCGCUAAUUUAUCAUAUUUGUACAGAUCUCCCCUGGCCCUCCCCGAUGCUGUUAAGAUAGGAGUGUGCUCUCAAGGAACAAACCAAUACAGUUUAUUUCAGCCACGUACUGAGGAGAGAAAGACGUCGCUCUCGCAUCAUGUCCUUAACCGUGUCACCUUUUCUUUUGAUAUCCAUUCUGGAUUUAGCCGCAGUCUUUUUCAACGGACGUCUAUUACUAAGCUGCUUUAAAGACAAAACAAAGCAGAAGUUCAUUCAAAAGUGCCGGAUAUUAGCAAGUCUUCAGGCCGCCUGCCAAGUUUCAAUUCUUGGCGUAGAUACCGCAGAAUGGUGGAAAGGUUUCCGCAUUCAACCUACAGAGUCCUGUAAUGUUUUAAGAGUUCUUUCCCUUUCUAUGAUGUUUUUCCAAACUUGUAACCUGACGGCAAUCAUAACAGUGUACUAUGAACAUCCCGUUGGACACGAAAAACGGAGAUCAUUUUCUUACCUUUUGGUAUACGCAGUGCUUCUUCUGGGAUUCAUCGGUUUCGCAAUUUUCUUAUGGCACGGUUGCUUCUCACAAACGUCUAUUUCUCAAGCCGUCGUAGAAGUUGAAUUGAUUUUAACCAUGUUUCUUAUCUUCUACCUGCUUUCCGUAGCCUUGGAUAAAAACGAUGCUGAAUACAACAAGGAAGUCACCUCAUUAAAAUCAGACGCCUCGACGAAGUCGCGUUUUUCGUCAUGGUCGUGGAAAGCCUGGAAAGAAAGCAAGAAGUCCUUAUUCUUCACCGUUUUGUUUACGGUAUGUUUGGUGCUGAUUUUCAGCGAAGUGGCCCGCGCUCGUUUCGAAACAGCUUUGUGGGAUCGGGAUUUGAAAAGAGAAACGUCGUUCGACGGAAUUGUUUAUCUACUGAUUAUAAAAUUCUGUGUGGGAACAGUUUUACCCGUAACCCUGUAUGAUUUGAUUGAUUCAAACUAUGCCGGAAAGAAAGACAAAGCCACCAUAUCAAUUGUGCCUGCAUUAAUUUAA